AUGGGUGAACAAAUCAACCCAAAUAAACACUUCAUCUGUUCUUUUGUCAACUGUAAAGCGACGUUUUCCAAGUUGUGGAAGUUGGAAGCACAUUAUUGCAAACACUCGGGACUGAAGCCCUUUGCUUGUGGAAGCUGCGACAAGAGCUUUUGCACCCGUUACCAGUUCACCCGACACCAGCUGAGCCACAGUGGGGAGAAACCUUACCUGUGCUCAGUCAGUGGAUGUGCAGAGGCAUUCUCCACGUAUGGCAGCUUGAGGAACCACACUGCUCAAGCUCACCACAACAAAGAAAGGAAUUAUGUCUGCAAACAUCAAGACUGUGGAAAGGAGUUCCAUAAGAAAAAACUACUGAUGAUUCACUCAUGUGAGCACACAAAUGAAUUGCCUUUUCAAUGUGACUUUGAAGGAUGUGGCAUGAAAUUUGCUUCUCCUACAGUUCUAAAACGACAUGGGAAGGUACAUGAAGGUUACCCAUGUGCUGAGGAGUACUGUCCCUUCAAAGGGAGAACUUGGUCAGAUUAUCAGAACCACAAAAAGGCUGAGCACAGAGAAACGCUGCCAUGUGAUCAAUGUAAGAAGAUCUUCCACCAGGCCUGGUUUCUGCAGAAGCACAAACAAUUUGUUCACUCUGGGGAACGGCGCCGGUUUAAAUGUACUAGAGAGGGUUGUCCGGAGAGCUACACCACACACUUUAACCUCCAGAACCACAUUCUAGUCUCCCAUGAGGGAAAGCGUGCCUUCACCUGCUCUUUUGCAGGCUGUGGUAAAGCCUUUGCGAUGGAGGAAAGCUUGAAGCGGCAUGCUGUGGUCCAUAAGCCUCAAAAGACAAAGCUGCAGAAGCCAAAAACCACUCCGCGCAAGAAGACUUCAUCCAAGACAAAACCUCCGGAUGCAGCAAAACUGUCACAGCUUCUACAAAAUGUCUCCUUGAACAAGGCUACUUCACAGAAACCAGAGACUUAG